CGCAUUCAUUUGCAAUUUUGCUAGGGUUUCCCCGGUGACGUUGUCUCCAUCUCCUUCGAGUUUGCUCCAUGGAGUCCCUCUGCGGCUCCGGUAUCACCUCGGGGUGGAUCGAAGCCUCUGUCGCUCACCUACCCGAGCGCUUGUCCCGCGUCGGAGCCCCGACCUUGCGUCUUGGACUCCAUGGGGACAGAGGAAAGUUCGCUUCUUUGAUGCUCUGGAGCCCUCCGCCGAGCCCUCAGAAGUGGGGGAGAAGGUGGCGGGUCCUCGCACAUGAAGCCUCCGGUGGUUGUGGGGAGAACAAUGGUGUUCCGACGAACGGGUUUAAUGUCCUGAUCAACGAUGGCCGGGCGUUUCCUGAGAAUGACUCAGUUCAAGAUGGAAGCCAUGAGAGUUGCAUCAGCGAGAAAAAGGAGAUGGUACAACCUGUUGCUGUUGGAAGUGGAACAACUGGAUCCAAAGCUGGGCUUUUCAGGACACCAAUUUCUGGUGGUGUUCAAAGUGCAACAACAGUCCAUGGUUUACCUCCACCAGCCUUGGCUGUUCGCAAUCUAAUGGAGCAGAUCAAUGCAGAUGACAUUCAUUCUUUUUUCCUUUGCUCUUCAUGUCAAAAAACCAAGGCCAAAUUUGGACAACUAUGCACUAUAAUGUCAGGGAUGCAUCAUCACCGUGCUGGUUACCCAGUUGGUUCAUUGGUUGAUUUUGCACCUGAUUCAAUGGGGCAUCCUAUUUUUUCAUUCUCUCCAUUAGCAAUCCACACAAGGAAUCUGUUGGCAAAUUCAAAAUGCUCGCUUGUAGUGCAGAUACCUGGAUGGAGCUCUCUAUCAAAUGCACGUGUCACAAUAUUUGGUGAUGUUUUCCCACUUGCAGCUGAUGAGCAGGAAUGGGCUCGUCAGCAGUUUGUUGCAAAGCACCAACAAUGGGCAUCCCAACAAUGGGGCAACUUCUAUUAUUACAGGAUGCAGAAUAUUAGUGACAUAUACUUCAUUGGAGGAUUUGGCACUGUUGCAUGGGUAGAUGUCAAGGAAUAUGAGGGCUUGAAACCCGAUAAGAUUGCUGCUGACAGUGGAGAACAAAAUUUGAAGGAACUUAAUGCAAUCUUUUCAAAACCAAUCAAGGAUAUCUUAUCAACAGAAACUGAGAUAGAUGAUGCUGCUUUUAUAUCUGUAGACAGCAAAGGUACUGAUGUGCGGGUUAGGCAAGGUGCACAGUUUAACAUUCAAAGGAUAUCAUUUGAAGUCGAACAUGAAGUGCAGACACUGGAUGAAGCAAAAGCAGCUCUUCAAAAGAUAAUAGACAGGUCUUGCAGUUCAAUGUCACAAAAAGGGAACUGAACUAUAUCUUCGUCAUUUACGACAAUAACAUCAACUUGUCAUGAAUAUCGAAAUGAUCCAGGGACAGGCCAUGCAAUUAAAGGAUUCUCUGGAAUGACUUGAAUAAAAGAAAAAACAAAUUUGUUCUUCUUUCUGCCCUUGUUUCUUGACCUUAAAGGGGCCAUGAAGAUCUCCCUUUUCCUAGUCUUGAAAGUAUGUGUUCAUAAUUGUGGGCAUGUAAUGAGGCUGACUCUGCAAAAGUUGAACCAAAUACUUGCUUUCAUGAAUUUGAAUCUCGUGGGUAGUGACCCGAUACACAAAAAGAGCAGCUCAUGUAUCAAAAGUAUAAAUAAAAUUUAAGCACCAUACCAAAGCAUGAUGGUAUGAAUUUGAUCGUUGUUA